AUGACUUCGUUCUCAACACCCGUCUCAUCACCAUGUACUCCUUGUGCGGGUCUCCUUUGGAUUCCCGUUCCGUCUUCGAUGGAGUCGAGAGAAACAACUUGUUUAUGUGGAAUGCCCUCGUUAGCGCGUACGCUAGAAAUGAGCUUUAUCAUGAUGGCGGUGAAAGCGUUUGUUGGGUUGGUUUCGGAGACUGAAUUUCAACCCGAUAGUGACACUUUGCCUUGUGUGAUUAAGGCCUGUUCGGGGCUUUUGGACGUCGGGUUGGGGUGGGAGGUUCAUGGGAUGACGGUGAAGAUGGCGCUGGUGUCAGAUGUUUUUGUGGGCAAUGCGCUGGUUGGGAUGUAUGGGAAGUGCGGGUUUUUGGAGGACGCGGUUCCUGUGUUCGAGAAAAUGCCUGAGAGGAACUUGGUUUCUUGGAACUCGAUGAUUCGCGGGUUCUCAGAGAAUGGUUUGUGUAUAGAGAGUCAUGGCUUGUUGAGGGAGAUUUUGGUGGUGGGUUUGCUGCCGGAUGAUGCUACCGUAGUGACUUUGUUACCUGUGUGCGCUGCCGAGGGGGAUAUAGAUAUGGGGAUCGCGAUUCAUGCUUUCGUGGUGAAGUUGGGGCUGAGUGAGGAGUUGAUGGUGAGCAAUGCCUUUGAUGAGGACAUCAAGGCUGUAAAGAAUGCUCACGAUCCAAUUAGAGUCUCAGUUGGUCCGGUGACGAGGGCUUGA